GAUUGCAGUGCGCACAGCCAAUCCAGCUUAUUCAGAACGGGGGCUGUGUAGGAGGAGGAGGAGAGAGAGAGAGAGAGAGAGAGAACGAUUGGGAUUGUAGCUUGGCCACUCAUCCUCGCGCAACAUCUCAAUCCUCUGAGCUUGGUGAGCCGGACCGGAGGACAGGGCAGCCUUUAUUCAUACGGUGGAUUUUCUCCUCAUUCAUUUGCUUUGGGGGGGAGUUGAGGGGAGUGACAAGAAGAAUUCCAUCGUUUCGCAGUUCUCUUGGUGGCUGCUGUUUGCCUUUCAUUGCCCUGCCCUAUUUUGUCCCAUUGUUUUCCUUUUCUCUUUUCUUCCCCCUUUCUUUCCAUUGUGCUUGCGAGGACCACUGGCAGGAGCUUAAGUGGAAUUUUAUUCCCCUCCCCCUCUUGAUCGGCAUCCUGCCCUGCGUUUGGUGAGGGCCGCCAUCGCUGGCAGUGUUGUUGUUGUCGUCUCUCUGCUAGCAGCUGAGUCACCAUGUCUGAUCUGACGCCCCAGAGCGAGGCCCCCACCCCCACCACGGACAAGAUCACGCAGGCCGCCCGGGAGACCAUCUAUCUCUGCAACUUUCGCGUGUCUGUGGAUGGCGAGUGGCUGUGCCUGCGCGAGCUGAACGACAUCUCGCUCACGCCUGACCCCGAGCCAGCCCAUGAAGAUCCUAAGGACCCAAUCGCCAUCGAGAGGCUUAACCUGAUGAACAUGGCCAAGCUGAGCAUUAAGGGUCUGAUUGAGUCUGCACUAAACCUGGGCCGAACUCUGGACUCGGACUAUGCUCCGUUGCAGCAGUUUUUCGUAGUGAUGGAGCACUGCCUGAAGCAUGGACUCAAAACUAAGAAGACAUUCCUUGGUCAGAACAAGUCCUUUUGGGGCCCCCUGGAGCUAGUGGAGAAGUUGACUCCGGAAGCUGGUGAGAUCACAGCCAGCGUCAAAGACCUUCCAGGGCUCAAAACUCCUUUGGGAAGAGGCAGAGCAUGGCUGCGAUUGGCCUUAAUGCAGAAGAAGCUCUCGGACUACAUGAAGACCAUCAUCAACAGAAAGGACCUUUUAAGUGAGUUCUAUGAGCCCAAUGCUUUGAUGAUGGAAGAAGAAGGAGCAGUAAUUGCAGGACUGUUGGUGGGGCUGAAUGUCAUUGAUGCAAACUUGUGUAUGAAAGGAGAAGACCUGGACUCUCAGGUUGGGGUGAUAGAUUUUUCUAUGUAUCUCAAAGAUGGAGGGCACAGCAGCAAAAGCACAGAGGGUGAUGGACAAAUCACUGCUAUCCUUGACCAGAAAAAUUACGUUGAGGAACUAAACAGACAUUUAAGUGCUUCUGUUAAUAACCUACAAGCCAAAGUGGAUGCACUUGAGAAAUCAAACACAAAACUAACAGAGGAGCUUGCAGUUGCGAACAACAGAAUCAUCACUUUACAAGAGGAGGUGGAGAGGGUGAAAGAAGAGAGCUCUUACCUUGUGGAGUCUAGUCGCAAGGCAUCAAGACCAGAAGGAACUGCAGACGGCCAAGUACUUGGAGAGACUCGAAAACAGCUCAAAGAGGAGACCCAGCUCCGACUGGAUGUGGAGAAAGAGCUGGAAGUGCAGAUAGGGAUGAGACAGGAGAUGGAGCUGUCCAUGAAGAUGCUGGAGAAGGACAUCUGUGAGAAACAUGACGCGCUGGUGGAGCUCAGACAGCAGCUAGAUGAUCUGCGCAGACUUAACCAUGAGCUCUCCCACAAGUCACAGAGCUCAGAGGCCAGUGUGAAACAGAAGAAUGAAAUCAUCAUUCGCUUGGAAGACAAAACUAAUCAGAUGGCAGCCACUAUCAAACAACUGGAGAACAGAUCUAAGCAGGCGGAGAAGCAGAGGGACCUGGCCGAGGAGGCUAACAGGCUCUUCAAGCAGGAGUUUGGGGACAAGAUUGAGAGUCUGCAGCAACAGGUGGAGCAGUUACGAAAGCAGAGGACCAGUUUGGAGCAGGAGCUGAGGAAGGAGAGGGAGCGGCGAGGAGGCCAGCAAUCUGACGCUGUGCUGGGGAGAACACCCCCACAGAGAGACGUGAGGCAGCAAGUGGAGGAGAUCAAAAAAGAACUGGAAGCAGUCAAAAAAGAGAACGACACACUCCGAAAUGUGCUGGAAGAGAAAACGAGUCUGAGCUCAAGUUUGUCACUUUCACAUGAAGAAGAGCAAGAUCGGUCUCACGAGCCGGAGCCUUCUGUCUGCCAAAUGUGCGAAUGUCCAGAAUCUCUAACCAGGACUAAGCGCGAGUGCAAGAACUGCAGAGGAGUGUUCUGUGAAAGCUGUAUCGCCAAUGAGCUCCCCCUGCCCUCUUCCAUCAACCCAGAACAUGUGUGUAACACAUGCUACUCCACCUUACUGCAGCAGUACGCCUCAACCCCCUCAACUCCUUCCUGAGUCACCUGCCUAUGGACAUUUAUAUCAGUAAAGGUUAUUAAUAACUGGAAGACCCCAGACUUCAAUAUCAUAUUUUGAACCUUUAACCAGUAACGGCCGCACAAGUGGCUUCUUCUUUGUGAUGCUUGCUGAAAAGGGAUAGUUUUAAGGGCUUUGUGUGACUUAACUGAGUCUUCUAUCUUGCUUAAAUUCAGUAUCAGUUAGGAGAUGAGUGAUGUUGUCCACUGAGUGGACUUGUACUACUUGAAUUGUGUAUUUUUUUUUUCUUUUUCUGUUUCUGAUUCAUAUGGUUUUCAUUAAGAGAUGACUACAAUCAUUCGCUGACACCAAGACAGUUACUUUCUGGCUACUGUCCAGGAUGAAAGAUAAUAUUUAAUACUUCCGAUGAUUUUUAAACUGUAUUUUAAACAGUGCAAUUUGAACACAUUGCAAUUAUGCCAUUGAGCUGGCACCAUGCACUAGGGUUUUAACAGUGUGGAGCUGCCUUACUCAGUUACUUGGUGAACAUAAUCAUAGCUGACAUUUUAUUGAGCCAAAGCAUUAGAGUUUACAUGCCAUUUUCAAGUGCAUCACAUUUGUUGGUUUCUUUUUAUUAUAACUUUUUAAAGUAAAAACUUUUUUGUGCUGAAUCAUCUCUACAUAUUUAUCAACCGUGGGAGCUGAGACCACAAUUAUAAUGAUCUAUCAUGCUGAAAGAAUGUAAUUUGGUUUGCUAAACUUUAAUGUACUUACUUGGGUAUUAUAGCUCCUCAAUAAAGAUUCACUUUAAAUGGA